CUUGCAAACAGUCUGUUGUCAGGAUCCAGGUUCAUGCUGGACUUGAGGUUCAGGUGGUUCAGGUUCGUCACAUGCUGUUUUCUGCAUGUUUCCUCCUGAUCUCUCUGGAUUCCUCUCUGCAUGUUUCCUGCUGCUCCCUCGGGUCAUUCCAUGGGAAAAGCAACUUUUCCUGCGGCCCUGAGAGAAAUGCAGCUAUUUAAAGAAAGCACGUCAGCGCUCUGAGCUGCAGCACAAACUCUCCUUCUUCUUUCCACACGCAGCUUUCCUCUUUUCUUCUUCCUGCUCUUUACUUGUUGCACAGCGGCGUUCACCUUCCACCCAGACUCUUUGAGAGUGUAAAACCAGCAGCAUACAAACUCUCUUUGUGUUUGCGUGCGCCGUGCAGACAUGACACAUCUUACAAGUCGUGCACAACUUGUGUGGAGCAGCUCCGUGGCUGAACGUCAGCAGGGCUUCGUCUUGGAAAAACGGCUGCGGCGUGACAUUGCAGAGCCUCUUUCUGCUUCAUGUGUGUCACAUGUGGAUGAGAGGAUGAGUGCGUGGAGGAGGACAGACCUCUGAGCCACAGUGAGAGAGCGUGCACACACACGUCAGCUCGGGGAGGGCAAAGCCUGCUUAAGAUGCAGUGAAUGUGACAGUCGAGCCGAGAGUCCAGACUCCAGCAGCAGCGUGGACGGGGAAAGGUGAGCGUGGUGGCGGCGGUGGUGGCGGUCAGGGGGGGGCACGAACAUGUCAGCUCACCCGGCUCAGACGUGACGCGACACAACAGGAGAAAAAACCAAAACAAAGGAGCGGAGCUGCUUUCCAAAAUACGCACGGCGGCGGCGGCGCGGGGGGAGCGGAGAGAACCGUGAGGUGUGCGGGAAGCGUCGCCCUUGUCUUGGGGGGGAAAGAUGACAGUGGUGCCCGGAGAGAACCUGGAUGAGACUGUGGCACUGGCCGCGCUGUCAGCCCAGGAUGUGUACGACCCGGAGAGGGUGGAGAACCAGGAGUGCUGCGAGCGGGUGGUCAUCAACAUCUCCGGGCUGCGCUUCGAGACGCAGCUGAAGACGCUCGCCCAGUUCCCGUCCACUCUGCUGGGGGACCCGCGCAAGAGGAUGCGCUUCUUCGACCCGCUGAGGAACGAGUACUUCUUCGACAGGAACAGACCCAGCUUCGACGCCAUCCUCUACUACUACCAGUCCGGGGGGAGGCUCCGGAGACCCGUCAACGUGCCCGUGGACAUUUUCUUGGAGGAGAUAAAAUUUUACGAACUGGGGGAGGAGCUGAUCGAGAAUUUUAAGGAGGAUGAGGGUUUCAUCAAGGAGGAAGAGCGCCCGCUGCCCGAGCACGAGUUCCAGCGCCAGGUCUGGCUCCUGUUCGAGUACCCGGAGAGCUCUGGACCCGCCCGGGGCAUCGCCAUCGUGUCCGUGCUCGUCAUCCUCAUCUCCAUCGUGAUCUUCUGCUUGGAGACUUUGCCCGAGUUCCGAGAGGAGGCCAAAGGUCUGUUUGGAGAGCUGCCGGAGCGCGGGAACGUUACCGCGCGCGUAAAGCCGAACCCGUUCACGGACCCGUUCUUCAUCGUGGAGACUCUGUGCAUCAUCUGGUUCUCCUUCGAGCUGCUGGUCCGGUUCCUCGCGUGUCCCAGCAAACCCGCCUUCUUCAAGAACAUCAUGAACACAAUCGACAUCGUGGCCAUCAUGCCGUACUUCAUCACGCUCGGUCUGGAGCUGGCGGAGCACCAGGGGAACGGACAGCAGGCCAUGUCCCUGGCCAUCCUCAGGGUCAUCCGCCUGGUCCGGGUCUUCCGGAUCUUCAAGCUGUCCAGACACUCCAAGGGGCUCCAGAUCCUCGGGAAGACCCUGCAGGCCAGCAUGCGGGAGCUGGGCCUGCUCAUCUUCUUCCUCUUCAUCGGGGUCAUCCUCUUCUCCAGUGCGGUCUACUUCGCGGAGACCGACGACCCGGACUCGGGUUUCAGCAGCAUCCCGGACGCGUUCUGGUGGGCGGUGGUGUCCAUGACCACGGUGGGCUACGGGGACAUGUGUCCGGUCACCAUCGGCGGGAAGAUCGUGGGCUCCCUGUGCGCCAUCGCCGGCGUGCUGACCAUCGCGCUCCCGGUGCCGGUCAUCGUGUCCAACUUCAACUACUUCUACCACCGGGAGACGGAGCACGAGGAGCAGCUCCAGUACACGCACGUGACGUGCGGCCAGCAGCCGCAGUUCGGGGAGUUCAAGAAGAGCGACAGCAAACCGUCCCUGUGCAAGUCCGACUACCUGGACAGCGACGACGCGGACUCCAUCAAGUACACCAACUACAGCCCGCACAAAGCGCCGGUCCCGGCCUACACCGGGAGGCUCACCGACGUUUGAAUCGGAACCCCGCAAAAUGACGCACGAGCGGCGCGUCUUCCAGUGCGCGCGCUGGUUUCAUUCAGACCACCAACAGCUGAUGGAGGAGCCUCCACCUCCACGAACUGUCUUCAUGCGCCAUGCGUCACGGGGACGACGGACGAACAGCCUUCAGCCAGUUGUAGCACUUUAUUAUUAUUAUUAUUAUUAUUAUUAAUGUUGCUCUUAGUAAUUUAUUAUUGCCACAAAAUUCAGGUUUAAAGUUUACAUUUGUUUUCUGAGAGUAGACACAGGACCAACACACACACACACACACACACACACACACACACACACACACCUGUUGGGUGGAGCUGGUGAUCGUCACAUUUGCCUGACAGACUCACUGAGCUGCUGGUUUGUUGGUUUUUUUAAUCAAACCAAGAGCGCCACCGUGUGGACGAGCCCCGGCCCUGCAUCUCUGCAGCUGAUGCAGUUUCUAUAGCAACCUUCCAGACUUUUCUGCAUCUCUGCCACAGGAAUGAAAGGAUGCUGAAGCCGAAGAGACGAGGCCAGAAAACCACCAUGUUGUGGAAGCCUCCAUGUUGUUGUCAGUCUUCACAGAAUCCAACCAGUCAAUGUUAUUUUACAAACAGAGACGGAAAAUCAGGAUUCAACACUGUAAAAAAUCCAAAAAAUGAAUCCAAACAUUCUGUAGUUUGUUAAAUAUGAAAUAAUUUAGACUUCAGAGCUCGACUGAGGCCGACUGAAACCAGAGAGCUCGAGAAAUGAAGCAAUAAAUCAGCUGAUUCUUCUUUAAAUUAUCUGAUGAAAAACGACAGCAAAGCUCACUGGAACUAAUUUAAAUGACAUAAAAUAUCACAAUUAAAAAGAUGAAAUUACAUUUAGCCACUGAGAAACUGUCCAGACACGUAUGGAAGCAAAAAAAGGGCCAGAAUCUAAAAUAGUUCAAAAUGUCAAAGACUUUAAAGUUAAUUAUUAAUUUAGUUUAACUCUGAAUUUAUUUUUUAAAGGUUUCACAGAUUUAAAAAUAUUUAAGAGUCAAAUAUAAAUUUUAAAAAUUAUGUCUGUCUAAAAUUGCUGAAAUUCAGCUCUAAACAACGUGUUGAUGAAGAUCAUGUAAUGUGACUGAAAGCUCCAACGGCUGUUUUCAAAGGUCGAGAAAAUGGACGAUAAGAAAUAAUAACGAUCCUCCAAUCAGGCCACUUCCUGUCAGUCACAUGAUCCAAGAUAGAAAAUGAUUUUUGGCCCCUUUAGGCUUCCAUACAAAGACUGACUGAUGUUUGAGUGAUCAGCUGACCUUCCUGAUAUCAAUAAUCAAAGUGAUCGAUCAGAUGAAACCUGCUCAGCAGGAACAGCUCACUUCCUGUCAUCAAAGCACCUUAACUCACCUGGACUUCACGGACGAACGUUGAUGGAAACAAAGGAACGUUUUGACCGUGAAGGUCACAUGAUCGCCGUCCUGUUGGAUUAUCAGCUGAUGGAUCGAUGGAUGGAGGCCAUGAUGGAGUUUAACACAGACAGGCGACCAGCUGAUCCGUAACACCGGAGCGACGGUCACACAGAGAGGAGAACAACGAUCAGCCUCCAUCCUGCUUUCCUCGUCAAACCAAAAGACUCCGACAUCUCCUCCUCCACCUCCUCCUCCACCUCCUCCUCCUCCUCCACCUCCUCCUCCUCUUCCUCCGUCCUGAUGAAGGUGAAACAAACUCUGGACACAAACACUGACACUCAUAGGAAGACUCGGAGCUAUGAGACGCCUUUCCAUUACAACAGGACAGACUUUUGCACAGAGCGCGGCGACAGUCGGACUCUGAGGUACGACAAACGUUACUUGAAUCAUCUACGUAUAUAUUUCCGACAUGUCUGCUGGCUGACGGAGUCCUCCAUGUACUCAUGAAUAGAUGUUCUUUGGGAGAUCGGUCUUCUUGUUGUAGAGAAAUAAAAAGUCUUGUCUGUACGUUGCAUAUCAUAUUCAAACCAAAACAUAUUAUUGCAUGCUUGGAAAGUAGAGCAUGUGAAGAGACGGAGAGUUCUGUAACAUGGGAACAACGACGACGACGACAGCUCACCGAUUUCAAGUUCAUUCAGAUAAUUGUGUUGGAAGGUGGAGGGAGUUUCUAAAUCUAUAUUUUUUAAAGUAUCAUACUGUAUAUGUUUUAUAUGGAGAGGAAUUGGUUAACCUCGGGAAUUAUUUUGUAGAUUUUUAACAUUUUUGCUAAUGUGUUUAAUUCAUCUGUUGGUUUUUAUUCAUUCUUUUUUUGCCUUUGUAAAAACAAAGCGGCUGCAGAGGAGAACACUUUACAAACCAGAGAGAAACUUCCCCGAUAAGAAUGUUUGUGUGAGAAAUCUAAAAAGAAAAAAAGACAGUUGAAAUGCAUUUAUCGCAAACAUUUGACAUCUGAUUUUCUUUGAAUAAUUUUGAAUGUUUCUGAUUGUGUUUGGGUUUUUUAUUUUGAUCUAAAUGCUGUAUCUCUGUUCUAACAUCUACCUCAGUGUCCGCUCAUUUACGACAGAAGCUUUAACGACGUCGGUGUCCGUCCAUAAAAACCCAGACGCUCUGUAAACUGCCAUUUAUUAACUUAGGGAGAGGAAAUGUAAACAAAGCCACGUUAAUUCAUUCAUUAAUUCGAGGUGAAUCUAUGAAGCCAGUCUUGGCCUUUGAAUUAAAUAUCAGAUGUCGUCCAGUCUAAUUACAGCUCGGGCCGCGACAUCACGAUUUUCUUUGCACAUUUUUCAUUUAUUUGUGAAACUGUUCCGAAGUUUGUGUGAACGAACGAGUGUGACUGUUCAACGUUGAUCUAAGGGCAAUAAUGUUCUGCAGAGCGAAUGAAUGAGUCUUAAAAACUGCGACACCUAAAACAGUUUCUGAGUUUCAGGUUUUAACGAGAUUCUGAUUUAUUUAUGUUAAUGAUUAAAGUUUAAUCCAUAUAAAUUGAAUCCAGAUUCAGAUGAGAAGAUCGGGUUCAUCAAAGAUCUGUUUAGCCUAGCUUAGCACAAAGACUGGAAGCAAAGGGAAACUGCUAGCCUAGCUCCCUUUGCUUCCAGUCUCAUGUGACUCUGAGGACAAAGACACGUGUCUCAUCAGUCCCUCGGCCUGGUCACUCGUGUCACGUGUUCAGUUCAGACUCGUCACCAGAUUCAUUUCAUGCAAAAAUCAAAAAGCAAUAGUGUGUGUGAGUGGUUCCUGCAACGUGGAAGCAAAAAUGCAUUUUUUGAUUUUUCCUUUUCUUUCAGUUUGUUUUUUCAUUUCCAGUUCUUCUUCUUCUUCUUCUUCUUCUUCUUGUUGCCAUGUUUUUCUUUUGACAGUCUUCAAUGGUGAUCUAUUUUUGAUAAAAUAAAUCAAAUUAAUCCAGAUCAGUUUCGAUCUUCAUGUGUUUGUUUCACACACGUGUCAUUUUCUGUUUCUUUGUCAUGCAUCAGAAACAUUUCCACACGGUGACGACGCUGCUGGGUUUACGGUAAACUCUGUGUGUGUGUGUGUGUGUGUGUGUGUGUGUGUGUGUGCAUCUUUAAAGUCCAUCUGAAAUCAUCACUAUGACCAUGAAGUCUCCCUGUUAUCGAACACACAUCCUGUCUCAUGACGUGCACUGCUAACUUGAGUCUGAAGCUGGAUACUUCAUUUACAUUAAACAGCAUGUAUCAAACACAGACAGGAAAACUAUUUAUGUUAUUAUGAUUUAUGUUUUAGACGGUUCAACCUGUGCGUCUAAAUUAAAAACUCAGAACUUCUGCUCAUGUCAUGAUGAAACUUUUCUCUAAUUCCACUAAUAAUAAAGUAAUAAACCAAACGAGAAGGAAUCAGACUCAAAAUAUGAACGUUCAUCAUAUUUUUCUUGUUUCCUGUGCUUCCAUAUGCUGAAGAUUAGAGUCAGUGCUGGAAAUAUUGAAAAUAAAUUUCCUUAAAAUAUGAAAGUUUAAAUCCUGAAAGUUUGUUGGGACUUGAUUCUGUCUCGGCUGUAUAUCCGUGACUUUGUAAAAAAGAAUAAAGAAUUGCUCAUAUUUCAUUUUACAUGUGACAGUUUAAAAAAAAAAAGAUUUUAAAGGUUCAAAAUAACAAAAUAAAAAUAACUGUCUCUCCCAGUUUGAAACCGAAUCACAGCUUUGGUUAAAAAUGUUCUUCCACGUGCAAACCAUCAUCGCUCACGUCUGCAGAGUUUUAAAAUGUCACGUUGUGAUGUGAAAUGCUUCAUAGAUUACGCUGAAUAUUACCUGCAGACAGAAAACCAGCAACAUGCAGCAACCAGUUAUUCAUCAAUAAGCAAUAAUGCAUGAAGAGUACAACAUCGUCUGCAAAGUUUCCUGUUUGUUCAUAUCUGUGCAUACGUUAAUAGUGCCUUAAUCAUAACCUGAUUCAGUUAAUAAGCCUGUCAAAUGCAUCUGAAGUACCAUAGAAGAAGAAAGUGUGUAUUUAUAGUAGCACUGUAGGGAUGUGCUUAGAAAUAAUGUAUUAAAAUUAAUGUAUUGAAUGUACAGUGAGUAGUCUUCCUGGUUGGUGUUGUGAGGAAACAAAUCUGAAAAAAAGAAUAAAGUUUAUCUUUUCUGUGAAAGCUCCACGUGGACGAGAGAGAUUCUAAAGUUAUUAUUUUAUUUCACAUAAUUUAAAGUUUUUAUUCAAUUACAAUCUCCAUUUUUUCAGGUCGUGUUUUCUCUGAAUAAUUAUCUGACAAAAACACACUGUGAUGUAACGAGAGGAGGAAAAAGGUUCGUUUGGGAUUUAACAAGUUCAUUUUGAAUUAUCGACUUUCAGCUUCCUUUGUCUUUUCUGUGAUUAUUCUUUAUUUAGCCCGAUGCUAAGCAACGACCAGUGUCAGUGUCUGUAAUGAUGAAGGUUCAUCAGACAGAUUUGAAAUGUCGACACACAAAUCCCAAACUAACUCUUAGUUUCACAAACUGAGCUGAGAUAAAUGCAGUGUUGAUGUUUAACUCGUCCACGACAUUUAGAGCGAGGCUCCUGUGACAGGCUGCGAUGAACAUCAGCUUACGUUAGUGAAGAGUUCAGCUUCAGAGACAAAGAAUAAAAAGAAUAAUCAUAGAUCAGCAUGAUGUUCCAAACGUGUCCAUGUAUCUGAGUCCUCGUGUUGGUCUCCUGCUUCCUGCUAACAGCCGAUACGACUUCAAAUCUCAGAUUUUUGUUGCGUGUCCGUGUUUCUCUGUACGACAGGUAUAAAGUUAAAUGAUGUAAUAUCUGUCUCUAUACUGUAUAUGCACAACAGAGUCAUUCUGAAUAGUUGUGAGGACGUGUCAUGUGGCCUUUUCUUUCUCUUUAAUGUUGUAAAUGAUUUGUAAGAUCUGAUCUGAUGUCCAUGAACGAGGCUUUAUGUUCAUACACCAUGUUUAAUAAAUAACUGACCCGUG